CCCACAAGGCUUGGCUUAGUAAUCGUCGUCCAUGAGUUCCAAUACGGCGUCGUCCAGCGCGGGGGCAGCCGGAUCGGGAGAUUCUUCCGCCGCCAGGAAGAAUUCGAAGCGACCCAAGUAUUCGAAGUUCACACAGCAGGAGCUUCCAGCUUGCAAGCCAAUUCUCACCCCUGGUUGGGUCAUUUCGACAUUUUUGAUAGUCAGUGUUAUCUUUAUUCCCCUUGGAGUUAUCUCUCUUUUCGCUUCCCAGGAUGUUGUGGAGAUCGUUGAUCGGUAUGAUACUGAAUGCAUUCCGGAACCUUCUAGGACUAACAAGAUUGCAUAUAUUCAAGGAGAUGGAGAUAAAGUUUGUACCCGGGAUCUUAAAGUGACAAAGCGUAUGAAACAGCCUGUCUAUGUUUAUUACCAGCUUGAGAACUUCUACCAGAAUCACCGAAGGUAUGUAAAAAGCCGAAGUGAUUCACAGUUGAGAAGUCCAAAAGACGAGAAUCAAAUAAGCGCAUGCAAGCCUGAGGAUGAUGUUGGUGGGCAGCCGAUUGUGCCUUGUGGUCUAAUUGCUUGGAGUCUUUUUAAUGACACAUACGCCUUAUCAAGAAACAAUGUAAGCCUAGCUGUAAACAAAAAAGGCAUUGCAUGGAAGAGCGACAAGGAACACAAGUUUGGGAACAAGGUCUUUCCCAAGAAUUUUCAAAAGGGGAAUAUCACAGGUGGUGCUACUUUAAAUCCAAGAAUACCGCUUAGUGAACAAGAAGAUCUCAUUGUGUGGAUGAGAACCGCAGCAUUGCCAACAUUUAGAAAACUUUACGGAAAGAUAGAGUCUGACCUCGAGAUGGGUGACACCAUACACGUUACGCUGAACAACAACUACAACACUUACAGUUUCAAUGGGAAGAAGAAGCUUGUUUUGUCAACCACUAGUUGGCUGGGUGGGAAGAAUGAUUUCCUCGGCAUUGCUUACCUGACAGUUGGCGGGAUCUGUUUCUUUUUGGCCCUUGCAUUUACCAUCAUGUACCUUGUGAAACCCAGGCGACUUGGAGAUCCGUCCUACUUGUCAUGGAAUAGAAAUCCCGGAGGUCGGUAACAAGCUUGGAGAGGGGAAGAGAGAGAGAGUUCUAAUCUGCGUGUGUAAAUCUUAUCUAUCCAUGUAUACAUACAAUGUAAUCCUUGCUUGCAAAAUGGUUUCUUCGGUGAGAGCUUAAACUCCACAUAAUACUUUGUUG